CUCGACGUCAUCUAUGCCGCCUUUCCUCCGCAGCCCAGACGCUCCAGGCCGGGGUAUAAAUAUUGUCAGUACAUGAAUGCCUGAAGAUCUUAUCCACCCAAAUACGAAUUAGACAUGUCCACGAAACCACGAGCGAUCCACUUCGGAGCAGGGAACAUCGGGCGUGGUUUCAUCGCCCCCCUGCUAUAUUCUUCAGGAUAUCAUGUCGUCUUCGCCGAUGUCGACAAGAAGCUCAUAGAUAUCAUCAACGACAAGCGCUCGUACGGGGUCCACAUCCUCGACACGAACCUCGACGACGGGGAGAAAGUUGAGGAAGUCGGUCACGUCAAGGGCGUGCUAUCAAACACGGACGACAUCCUCCGGGAGCUUCUCCACCCCAAGCUCAGGCUGAUCACCACGGCGGUCGGACUGCCCAUCCUCGACAAGGUCGCGCCGACACUGGCCAAGGGGUUCAGCGAGCGCCGCACGAAGGACAUCCCGGGGACGAUCAACGUCAUCGCGUGCGAGAACACGAUUGGCGGCACGGCGCAGCUCGCGGAGAAAAUUCGGAACCACCUGGACGCGGAGGAUCUCGACUUCGUGGCGCAGCACGUCGGUUUCUCCAACUGCUCCGUCGACCGCAUCGUCCCGCCUUUCGACCCCGACGAGCACGACGGCGCGUCGAAGCUCAACGUGGGUGUGGAGGAGUUCUUCGAAUGGGUUGUGGAAGGGCCAGCACUGCACGGCGGAAAGCUCGAUCCGCCCGUCGAGGGAAUGACGCUCACGGAGAACCUGAAGCCCUACAACGAGCGCAAGCUCUUCACGCUGAACGCGGGCCAUGCCAUCACGGCGUACCUCGGCUUCCUGAAGGGCCUGCCCACCAUCGACGCCAGCAUCAGCGACCCCGCCAUCCGGGACGUUGUCAGCGCCGCGCUCCGAGACGAAGCCGGUGCCGCACUGUGCAAGCGCCACGGCUUCGAACCCGCCCAGCACGCGGAGUACGUCGAGAAGAUCAUCUCGCGGUUCUCAAACGCAGCCGUCAAGGACGACGUGGCCCGCGUCGGACGCCAACCCUUGCGCAAGUUGGGGCGAGAGGACCGGCUUGUCGGUCCGACACGUCUGUGCUCUGGAUAUGGGAUCCCUGCGCCCAAUCUGGCUAAGGGAAUUGCGGCUGCAUUGCUCUACGAGAACAAAGACGACGAACAGAGUAUCGAGAUGCGGAAGACACUUUCGGAGAAGGGCCUGGACGAAUAUGUCACCGAGUUGACUGGAUUCGAGCAGGGCCACGAUGCCCAUAAACUUAUUUGCGAAGCUUACUCUCACUUGGAAAAAUCGAAGUCGCACUAGGGGUAGAUAUGUCUCAGACCGUAAUAACAAUUGUAAACGUACUCAAGUAUGUAGCAUCCGUUGGCAAUCCUGUAAUCAUGUAGAGCCAAGUUAGGCCAGUAGAUCAGACCACGUGCAAGCCUCUCAACACAUCACUUUCUAGUAGCGAGGGUGUGUACUAUACACUUUUAAUACAUGAUACACAAUUUCUAUCAU